GUACACUUCCGGAAAAUGGUGACAGCAUGAAAUUUGCUCCCAAAAUUCAAAGACUUUGAAGGUUUUGGAGAAGUUAUGACUUGAACAUUGGAAUCAGAUUGAGAUACUUUGUCACCUGUUGUUGGUGAAUAUCAUGGCUGAGUCAGACUCCUACCACAGCCCUAGUAAGGGGAAUGGUUCUGCUGUGAAUGCAGAGGUGUACCGUGUUGAAGAGCGCCCGGAACAUGGAAUGAGAAUACUACAUGCCCUCAACAAGCUAAAGACAGACAAGAUCCUCUGUGAUGUUACUCUCAUUGCUGAAAGCAAGAAGUAUGAUGCACAUAGAGUUAUUCUUGUGUCAGCAUCUGAUUACUUCCGGUCCAUGUUCACAUCAGGCAUGAGGGAAAGCCAUCAACGUGAGAUAGAGCUGAAGGGCAUUACGAGCAAGGGCCUUGAAAAGGUUCUUGAGAUUAUCUACACAUCAACUACCACUCUCGAAGGGGAUGAUAUCUUUGAUGUCAUUGCAGCAGCAACCCAUUUACAAGUUACACCCGUAAUAGAGUUCUGUGAAAGGAACUUUUUGAGUGGAAUGACUACAACAAACUUUUAUGACUUCAUUAACACAGCUAAGCUGUAUAGUAUGAAUAAUGCUUUGAAGCAAAUUGAUGUAUUCAUUGCUAGAAAUCUCAUGCAAAUCUCAAAGGACAACACAUUGCAUUUGUUGACAUACGAUCAAAUGACGAACUGUUUGAAGAAUGACCGAUUGUGUAUACGAGAAAUUGAUAUAUUUAGAAUUACCUGGGAUUGGCUAAAACAAGAUGUGAACCACGAUGACCAUGCAAUCUAUCUGAUGAAACUCAUAAGAUUUCCUCUGAUCAACCCUCGUGAUUUGGUUCAGCAUGUUCAACAGGUUGAAAUGAUGAUGACGGCUCCAGACCUCCGCGAGAUGGUCUUGUCCGCUCUCAACUACCAUGUUGUGCCCCACUCUCAGCCCCUACUUAACACUCUCUCCACACAGCUACGUUCCUUCACAGAGAGAUUGAUAAGUGUUGGAGGUCGAGAGAUACACCCCAACCCUUGCCUCCAUGAUGAAAUUCUAGUAUUUGACAGUAAAAUCACAGCCAAUAGUCUGCUUAACCGCAGUGAAGUCGCUACAUUACCAAGUGCUUUAAGUCAUAUGCAAGUUGUGGUAUUUAACAAUUUCCUUUACGUGCUAGGUGGUUGUACAACCCAAUGCGCACAUGGCGAGUCUGCAGUGAACUCUGUGCUAAGGUAUGACCCUAGGUUUGAUAGUUGGUUCCAAGUAGCUUCAAUGAAUAAUAAAAGGGCAUACUUUUUUGCUGGGGUCUUGAGAAACAAGGUAUAUGCUGUGGGCGGCAAGUUCAAGGAUGGGAGUCUAGCAACUGCUGAAGUGUAUGAUCCUGCAGAAAACACGUGGGAGUCCAUAGCAUCAAUGCCCAUGUCCUAUCACGCACAUGCUGGGGCAGUUUACGCUGAUCAUAUUUUUGUGUCCGGGGGUUACAGCAAUAAUCAUUUUACCCCAGACAUGCAGCGCUUCGAUCCCGACACAAACCAGUGGGAGGAUAUGGCCCCCAUGUUGACCCCUAGGGGCUGGCAUGUGAUGUGCACAGCGCAGGAUAAACUGUUUGUAUUUGGAGGUUGUAACCUCAAUGUGAACCAGCAAGCCCAGCCCGUGGUCCAAUCGGAAUGCUACGACCCCGAGGCAGACCAGUGGACAAUUAUCGCUCCUCUAGCCAUUUCCCACAAGGAGGCUUCAUGCGUUGUGUACAGUGAUCAGAUCUACGUUCUCGGCGGAUACAAUGUGCAAACAAAGACUGGCCAGAAACUUGUAUCACGUUUUGAUGUGUAUAGCGGCAUUUGGGAAACUAUAGGAGGAUUGCCACGCAGUUUGACUGGUGUUGGCUACUGCACUCUUCAAUUGCCAACGUUUAAUAUAGACGAUGAUGAUAAGGAUAUUUGAUGAGUACGAGUCCCUAAGCUUUUAAGUGUUGGAAGUUGUUCGCAUAAUCUGAAUGUUUUGUUUGUUUAAUUUGUACGAGAUGGGUAACAAAUCCAGAUGAAUGUUAGUGUUGUUCUUGUGAAGAAUAUUGUUAAGCACAGUAUUACUCAGUAACUUACUGUUAAGAGAGAACUUUCUGAUUUUAAGUGUUAUCGAUUAUUUUAUACAAAUUUCAACUUAACUGUGGCCAUUUGUUAGAAGAUACAACUUGGUGAGUUUAAUUGUCUUUCUAACUGUAUUAAAAACUUUCUUGUUACAUAAGAAUAUUUUUAUGCAGAAACAUGAAAAUAAGCGUUCAUGUCAAAUUGAUACUACCUAAAAAAAACGUCCAUUUUUUACUUCACAGGGCUGUCUCCCUGAAAUCCCUGUGCGGAAUAGGGCCUUUCCAAUAGGGAAUUUCUCUAGUCUAGCGAAAAUUCAAAUAAACAUAACAUCUUGUAACAUUCAUAAUAAAUGAAAAUCUAGUAUUAAAGUGUUAAAGAUAUCAACUACAUAUAUUAAUGACAAUAUAUUGCAGGCAAAAAAUGGCUGGAAUUGUAUGUUUUUUUGUCCGAUUUUUUUGUCAGACUUAGCUGCAUAUAGGGAAAAUAAUAUACAGUGUAUAUUAUUGUUCGGGGUGGUGCCAAAUUUAGGCAUUAGUUUUUUUAAAAUACUGGCCUGCUUCAAUUUAUAGGGUUAAAGAAAGCAGCAGUCACUGGCUAGUGAAUAUUGAUCGUUGAAACAUUACAAAUAUCAAGGCACCCUUAGAAUUCCUUUUGCAUUGGAAAUUUUUUGUUUUGAAUUGCUGUUUUUAUAAAUAAUUUAGUGGUAAUAACGUUUCUAUUGACUUCUGUUCAUUUUUUUUUAUCACAAAGUGAUAAUUGACUUCAUAAAUAGUAAAUAACUGUACAGAUAAUCAUAGUUUGCUCCUUUCACUGUAAAUUAAGUUGUGAUGUCACUAAAAUUUAUGUAUUUCAUAUAUUAAAGAUCAAAUUUCAUGAGUAAUGUCAUCAUCAGAAUACCCACGGCUGACUCAUUGCGUUACCCUCCAUUAAUUGGAUAAAUGGCAGUGUUUUAUUCCACUUUUAAAGAAAUGGUGGCGGGCCCUUUGAUAGGGGAUAAUUAACAUCGUUUGGCAAAAAGGGGAAAAAUACUAACAUGAUCCAUAAUUAUAAUGUUCAACUUCUUUUUAAACCUUUUAUUUAACAAACCUAUUGACAUACAUCAUGAAUGGCACUGUAUUGCUACUUUUGCUUCAUGUUAAGGGGUCAAUGGUUUUUACAAAGGGGAAUUUUUUAACAGGAUAGAGGAAAAAUAUACUUUUCAGCCCCAAAAAGGGCCCAAAAACCCCUCUGUAUCAACUGUAAUGGAAUUGGUCAGCCGUGGUUGUUUAACAAAAGUGCUUUGUAGCCUGAUUAUUUUACAUCAUCAUGUUCCUGUGUUAACUGUAAAGCCAAUUAUGUCACUAUGUACAUAUACACUGUAUUAGAAGUGUUUAUGGGGUAAUCCUAAAUUGAAAUCUCAAGAUCAUGCAUAGAUCAGUGACGUUCAAACACUUGUUUGUGAUGACAGUUAUUUUAACUUUGUACCAGUUGUAGGAGUUGAAAGCCUAUUUUAAGCCUUCUUUAUCUUGGGUGAAAAUGUGCUUAACAGUUAAAACAUAAUCAAUGAUUUUAAUUAACAACCUUGAAGGAGCACAACAUUGGUUGGUGAUUUUUUUUUUAAUUUCAAAUCAUUAUCAUGUUUAACUCAUUUGACUUAAAUGAUUAAAAUGAAAAAAAGCAUAUGAUUAUUUUAAGAUACAGAUAACAAAAUAUCGAAGGUAUUUUGGCACUUUUUUAGCUAAGGAAUUUGUGGCUACAUAGUUAUUAAUUAAAAAACAUCACUUUUAAUGGUUAAUAUUUUUCAAUCUUUUUCCUACAGAAUGUUGUUAAGUAAAAACUUAAUUUUAUUUAAGAAAACUUUACAGUAAUUCAUUUCUCUCCCAUUAUAAAAAAAGAAUUUAUUAACCAUAAGAAGACACAGUCAAUCAUAUGAUGUCGUAAAAAUGCUGGGAAAAUGUAAUCACUUCUUUUAAAAUGUGGUUGAUGCGUUAAAUCUCUGAAAUGUUGAAUUGAAAUGCAGUGACAACAAUUCAUUUAACAAAUCAUAAGUUAACGCUUUGAAACAUGUUGAUAAAUGGGUUUUUUUAUGGCCUGCUGACACAAUACAAACAAGAACAAGAUAAACUAUCUUGUAUUUAUAUUAUUACACGACGAUUUGCGAUCCAAACAAAUAUGAAGAUGUUGUGUUCAUCAGAAAAUAAUCACACUUGCUGAAAGGCUGUUCAUUGAAGAAAUGGAAAGUUGAGGUGUAAAUAUACAAUUUUGGUAUCAUUUGAAGAGAAUUUUGCUUGGUCAUUACUGAUAUGUAAUGUAAAUGACCAAAAAUCUGUCAUACACAAUGUUAAGUAUUCUUUGAAGGCCAAUUUUUAUAUAAUCCUUUUAAUAAAAUACAUGUUUUUUUCAUCACUUAAAACUGUUUUAAAUGAUACAAAAAAACAUCGGUGUCUGGGCAGGUAUCUAAAAAUUACAUAAUUGUGGGUGUAAAUCUAACAACUGAGAAUGUUUCUCAUUUCUCUUUGCUACAUUGUAACUGUUGUGAUUUUUAUUAUUUAAUUAUCACCAUGCAAUUUGUUAUAUUGUAAACACAGCUUUUUCCAACUUCACAUACUUACAUAUUGUUAAUACCAGUGUAUCCAUCCUUUAGACCUUACGAAAAUAAUGUCCGUUUUAUAAUAGGUUAUAAUCCCCAAAACUUGCUAAGUAGGGUAGGGAGGAUUUUGUUUGUCAUUUUUAUUUGAAAAAAAUGGCAAACAUACUUAAUGACAAGAUUGUUGGACAUUGAUAGCUAGCAGGUUAGGAUUUGAGGACAAUGCUAAAUCUAUAUUUUUGUUUUCUUGGCUUUUAAUUUGAUGGGGUCAAGUUACCCUAAAAAAUCGUUCAGGCCUUAUGCAGCCGUCAAAUAAUCAUCUUGUUAUGUAUAAUAGUAGGCCACAAAUCUCUAGUUACCUGUUUUGAUAUAAAUCAAGCUUUUGUUUGUAACAGAAGACAGAAAAUAGCACAGAAUGUCAUUUAUACGCAUGUUAAAAAACUUUUCACUGACAAGUUACAUUUAAGGAUUUAGGCGAAUGCUCUAGUUUACAUCACAUUUGACAUUGUUUUAUGUUUUCAUUUCGGGUCUGUGUAUUCGACACAGAUUGUUUCUGUUGUAAUUUUUGAUGACUUGAACAAUGAAUUUUAUCUGUGACUUGAAUGUGCUUGGACAUAUGCUGAUAAAUUAUUUUUUACUGAUUUAUUUAACAGUGUAUCUUGCUUUACAAAAUAUAUUUAUUUCACUGAUGAAUGAAAGUGGACAGCUCCUUUAAAUAAUGUUUAAAGGCGCACAAUAUAAGUUGAUGCAAAUUUUUAUUUUUUUAUUUAAAUGCAUUAUCAAGUUUAACUCAUUUGACUUAAAUGAUCUAAACAAAACAGGGCCAGUAUUCAAUAUUAUAUAUCUUAUCCUUAACCUUAGACAUGCCUCAGUGAGUCCAUUCUGCCCAUUGGUCAGCUAAAUAUAACGGCCAAUCAAAACACUUAGAUUCUAAUCUUAAAUUUAAGUUCAUGUUGCUUAUUGAAUACAGCCCCAGGCAAAUGGUUUGAUACAGAUAGAAAAAUAAAAGCGAUAUUUGUUCAUGUUUUUUUUAACUGGGAAAAUUGUGGCUAUGGAGUUAUUAAUUACAAAACAACGUUUAUGAAGGUCAAUAUUUUUUAAUUACAAAACAACGUUUAUGAAGGUCAAUGUUUUUUGACGUACCUAAAUCAUGUCCUUUUUUGGUUGUAUUCAUUUUAGGGCUUUUCCAUUUAAUCAUAUAACCCCCGGGGGGAAGGCACUUUUAAAUUAUGCCACCUCCCUACAAAAGCAAAUAAAGGUUCAAAUUAGCCAAAAAAGACACCCACCCAUAUACUUAUUAAAUAAUUGCCUCCCCCCUGGGGGUUAUAUGUUUUACUGGAAUAGCCCUUAGUCAAAUGAGUUAAACAGGAAAAUGCAUUAAAAUUAAACAAACAAAAAAACACCUCAACCUUUAUGUUGCCCCUUUAAGUCACACGAGAAUGCAUGGCUUAAAUACUUAAAGUUAUCUUGCAAUCAUAUGGAAUAUAUAUACAAAAAUCAAAUCUGCUUUUAUGGUACAGUUACAAGUUUUUCGCUUGUUUGUUAUGCCAAUAAAAAAAGGUAUUGUUAUAACCCUGGCUACUACAUCAUAAGCAUAGUUGUACAAAACCUUUAACCUUGGCCUUGAUCGGAGUGAAUAAUAUGCCCAUUGUUUUAGUGCAGAAACAAACACACAUGCGGGUUGACGCCUCUUCCACGAUGAUCUAGCAUUCUGUCAGAAUUCAUUAACAUCAGAUAUUUAGUGCGAAGAAAAUUGUUGUAUGAAUUUUACGGUUGUUUUCUUUCCUCAUCUUGAUUUAAGUUCACAGUGGUAUAAUUUGGGCAUAGGUAAACAUAGCAACAUAAAAAUGUUUUUUUGCUGUUUUUUUAGCUAUAUUUAUAUACCGGUAUAUCAUAUAGCUAAAGAAAAUCAAUAAAAAAAAAUCAAUUUUUAUUGUUGUUAUUGCCACCUGUGGUACUGGGUGGAAAGACAGCUUUUGUUACAUUUAUAUUGUUAGUCUGUGGAAUUAUUAUUGCCUCACUGUUAAUUAUAUUAUGUGACAGUAUACAAAUAAAAUAAUACAUGACA